AUGUCAGCCACACGCUUCAUUCCAGUCAUUAAGUCCCGAGUGGCACCCUCUAUUGCGCCUCGGGUCACCACCCUCCGAUCCAUCUCAUCAACGGCUAGCUAUCAGAAAGGGCCUAUCGAUGCGACUAAGGAUACGCUUAAGCAAGCUGAUCGAAUGGUCUCCGAUGCGACCGUAAAGGGUAUUGACAAAGGAGAGGAAGCCAAGAACAAGCUUAAGGAUGCUAUGGGUACCACUGGACAAGAAGCCAAGGGUAAAAUGCAGGAGGCGAAGGGCGAAGCGGCUCAAUAUGCGGGAGAGGGCAAAGGAAAGGCGGAGCACAUGGCCGGAAAGGCAAAAGGCAAGGCCUCAGAGGCCAUGGGUGAAGCAGCUGGCAAGGCCAAGGAAGCCAAGGAGAAGCAUCUUGAUUGA